AAACCCCCCUUUCUGAUAUCGUUUCCCACCCUCCUCCCAUGCUGCAGCAUUGCUCUUUCUGCUUUGUAGUCUCCUGCAACACUCACAGAUUCAAAUGUCACUCGGCUUAAUUUGUUCUAAUUAUUUCUGGGUUGUUGGGAGAAUUUUUGGACUUCAGUUUGACACAUAGGGAGUUGGGUUUCUCUAUUUUGUGGCAUCAAUCGAGUUACUUUUAACUUCUGAGAUUUGGGCUUUUUGGUAAUGGCAACGGGUAUAUCACCGUCUCUUACGCCUUCCAAUACUCGAACCCCAAUGGGAGUACUGACAGUUCUCGGAGGGAGAGUUUCGAUGGAAAAUAAUCCCUUGGUUAGAGUAGGCUUACUGAAGUUGUUGGAUGAAAAGAAUGGUUUUCCAGGUGUUAGCCAAAAGGUUGCUUCAAAUUGGUCUCAUGUUAAAUGUUCUGCUAUCUCUCUGAGUGUCAACAACUAUCCUAGUAAAGAUCCGUUUAUGAAUUUACACCCUGAAAUUUCAAUGCUUAGAGGCGGUGAGGGGAACAACUCAGUUACUAAUCCGAGACAGGAUAGUUCAAGUGGGAGUAUCACAGAGAGCUUAAGAGGUUCGUCGAGUUCAAGUAAUUACAAUGAGGCUAAGAUCAAAGUUAUUGGUGUUGGAGGUGGUGGGUCAAAUGCAGUUAAUCGUAUGAUAGAGAGUUCUAUGAAGGGUGUGGAAUUCUGGAUUGUUAAUACUGAUGUUCAAGCCAUGAAAAUGUCGCCUGUGUUUUCCGAGCAGCGACUACAGAUUGGUCAAGAGCUUACCAGAGGACUUGGUGCUGGUGGGAACCCAGAUAUUGGCAUGAAUGCCGCGAAAGAAAGCAAAGAAGUCAUAGAAGGCGCAGUUUAUGGUGCAGACAUGGUCUUUGUGACUGUAAGUCCAAAUAUUAGUUUCCAGCAUAUAUUGGCCGGAAUGGGUGGAGGAACGGGCACCGGUGGGGCUCCUGUUAUUGCUGGGGUUGCUAAGUCGAUGGGUAUCUUGACUGUUGGUAUUGUCACUACCCCUUUCUCUUUUGAGGGGAGACGGAGAGCAGUUCAAGCCCAAGAAGGAAUUGCAGCUCUGAGAGAAAAUGUUGACACACUAAUUGUCAUUCCAAAUGACAAGUUAUUGACUGCAGUUUCCCCAUCUACACCAGUAACAGAAGCAUUUAACCUGGCUGACGAUAUUCUUCGACAGGGUGUUCGUGGUAUUUCUGACAUAAUUACGAUCCCGGGGUUGGUGAACGUUGAUUUUGCUGAUGUGCGAGCUAUUAUGGCCAAUGCAGGUUCUUCAUUAAUGGGAAUAGGAACUGCAACAGGUAAAACCCGGGCAAGAGAUGCUGCAUUAAAUGCCAUUCAAUCACCUUUAUUGGAUAUUGGUAUAGAGAGGGCUACUGGAAUUGUGUGGAAUAUAACUGGUGGGAGUGAUCUAACAUUAUUGGAGGUAAAUGCUGCAGCAGAGGUCAUAUAUGACCUUGUGGAUCCAAAUGCCAACUUAAUAUUUGGAGCUGUCGUAGAUCCCUCACUAAGUGGUCAAUUUGAAGCAAUUGGCCAGGAAAAGAGGAAAAAAUAUGGAAACAAGGGAAAAACUACAAAAGCGAUUGGUGGGGUCAAGGCAAAACUAAGGCUAUAG